CAGGGGGACCUAUGGCCUUUUACCAGGGUGACUGUGCAUUGGGGAAAAGGAAAUGAUCAGAUAUUUCGUGGAUUAUCAGAAGUGACAUUAAUUCCCGGAGACCCAAAACGUCACUCUGGUCCACCAGUCAGAGUUGGGGCUUAUGGAGGUCAGAUGAUUGAUGGAGUUUUAGCCCACGUCCAUCUCACAGUGGGUCCAGUGGGUCCCCGGACCCAUUCUGUGGUUAUUUCCCCAGUGCCGGAAUGCAUAAUUGGAAUAGACAUACUCAGCAACUGGCAGAAUCCUCACAUUGGUUCCCUGACUCCUGGAGUGAGGGCUAUUAUGGUGGGAAAGGCCAAGUGGAAGCCACUAGAGCUGCCUCUGCCUAUCAAAGUAGUGAACCAGAAGCAAUACCGGAUUCCUGGAGGGAUUGCAGAGAUUAAUGCCACUCUUAAGGACUUGAAGGAUGCAGGGGUGGUGAUUCCCACCACAUCCCCAUUCAACUCUCCUAUUUGGCCUGUGCAGAAAACAGAUGGGUCUUGGAGGAUGACUGUGGAUUAUCGUAAGCUCAACCAGGUGGUGACUCCAAUUGCAGCUGCUGUCCCAGAUGUGGUAUCAUUGCUUGAGCAAAUCAACACAUCCCCUGGUACCUGGUAUACAGCUAUUGAUCUGGCAAAUGCUUUUCUCUCAAUUGCUGUCAGCAAGGACCACCAGAAACAGUUUGCAUUUAGCUGGCAAGGCCAGCAGUUUACAUUCACCGUGCUACCUCAGGGUUAUAUCAACUCUCCAGCCCUAUGUCAUAAUAUUGUCCACAGGGAUCUUGAUCAUUUCUCCCUCCCACAAGACAUCACACUGGUCCGUUAUAUUGAUGAUAUCAUGUUGAUUGGACCUAGUGAGCAAGAAGUAGCAACUACUCUAGAUUUGUUGGUAAGGUAUUUGCGUGGCAGAGGAUGGGAGAUAAAUCCAACAAAAAUACAGGGGCCUUCCACCUCAGUAAAAUUUCUAGGUGUUCAGUUGUGUGGGGCCUGUCGAGAUAUUCCUUCUAAGGUGAAGGAUAAGCUGCUGCAUCUGGCCCCUCCUACAACCAAAAAAGAGGCACAACGUUUAGUUGGCGUCUUUGGGUUUUGGAGACAACAUAUUCCUCAUUUAGGUGUGCUACUCCGGCCCAUUUACCGAGUGACUAGAAAAGCUUCUAGUUUUGAGUGGGGACCAGAGGAAAAUGAGGCUCUGCAACAGGUCCAGGCUGCUGUGCAAGCUGCUCUGCCGCUUGUACCAUAUGAUCCAGCUGAUCCACUGGUGCUGGAAGUGUCAGUGGCAAAUAGAGAUGCUGUUUGGAGCCUUUGGCAGGCUCCUAUAGGAGAAUCACAACUCAGGCCCUUAGGAUUUUGGAGUAAAGCUUUACCAUCUUCUGCAGAUAACUACUCUCCAUUUGAGAAACAACUGUUGGCCUGCUACUGGGCCUUAGUAGAGACAGAACGCUUAACCAUGGGCCACCAAGUUACCAUGAGACCUGAGUUACCUAUCAUGAGCUGGGUGUUAUCUGACCCACCAAGCCAUAAAGUUGGGCAUGCACAGCAGCACUCCAUCAUAAAAUGGAAAUGGUAUAUACGAGAUAGAGCUCGAGCAGGUCCUGAAGGUACAAGUAAGUUACAUUAGGAAGUGGCCCAAAUGCCCACGGCCCCUACUCCUUCCACCUUACCUUCUCUUUCCCAGCCCACAGCUAUGGCAUCUUGGGGAGUUCCUUACAGUCAGUUGACUGAGGAAGAGAAGACUCGGGCCUGGUUUACAGAUGGUUCUGCACGAUAUGCAGGUACCACCCGAAAGUGGACAGCUGCAGCACUGCAGCCCCUUUCUGGGAUAUUCCUGAAGGACAGUGGUGAGGGGAAAUCCUCCCAGUGGGCAGAACUUCGAGCAGUGCACCUGGUUGUUCACUUUGCUUGGAAGGAGAACUGGACAGAGGUGCGUCUGUAUACUGAUUCCUGGGCUGUUGCUAAUGGUUUGGCUGGAUGGUCAGGGACUUGGAAGGAACAUGAUUGGAAGAUUGGUGACAAAGAAGUCUGGGGAAGGGGUAUGUGGAUAGACCUUUCUGAGUGGGCAAACAUGAAGAUAUUUGUGUGCCAUGUGAAUGCUCACCAGAGGGUGACUUCAGCAGAAGGUUUUAAUAACCAAGUGGAUAAAAUGACCCGUUUGGUGGAUACCAAUCAGCCUCUUUCCCCAGCAACUCCUGUCAUUGCCCAAUGGGCUCAUGAACAAAGUGGUCAUGGUGGUAGGGAUGGAGGUUAUGCAUGGGCUCAGCAACAUGGACUUCCACUCACCAAGACUGACCUGGCCACAGCCACUGCUGAGUGUCCAAUUUGCCAGCAGCAGAGACCCACACUCAGUCCCCGAUAUGGCACCAUUCCUCGGGGUGAUCAGCCUGCUACCUGGUGGCAGGUUGAUUACAUCGGACCACUUCCAUCAUGGAAAGGGCAGCGAUUUGUUCUUACUGGAAUAGACACAUACUCCGGAUAUGGGUUUGCCUUCCCUGCACGACAUGCUUCUGCCAAAACUACGAUACGUGGACUUACAGAAUGCCUCAUCCACCGUCAUGGUAUGCCACACAGCAUUGCUUCGGACCAAGGAACCCACUUCACAGCAAAUGAAGUGAGGGGAUGGGCACAUGCUCAUGGAAUUCUGUGGUCUUACCAUGUUCCCCAUCAUCCAGAAGCAGCUGGGUUGAUAGAACAGUGGAAAGGCCUAUUGAAGACUCAAUUACGGUGCCAACUAGGUGGCAAUACCUUGCAGGGCUGGGGCAGUGUUCUCCAGGAGGCUGUGUAUGCUCUGAAUCAGCGUCCACUCUAUGGUGCUGUUUCUCCCAUAGCCAGGAUUCAUGGGUCCAGGAAUCAAGGGGUGGAAACAGGAGUAGCACCACUCACUAUCACUCCUAGUGAUCCACUAGGGAAAUUUUUGCUUCCUGUCCCUGCAAAUUUAAGCUCUGCUGGUCUACAAGUCUUGGUUCCAAAAGGAGGAGUGCUUCCACCAGGAAACACAACAAUAAUCCCAUUGAACUGGAAGUUAAGGCUGCCACCUGGCCACUUUGGGCUUCUUAUGCCUCUGAAUCAACAGGCAAGUAAGGGGAUUACUGUACUGGCUGGGGUGAUUGAUCCUGACUAUCAAGGGGAAAUAGCACUGCAACUACACAAUGGAAGUAAAGAAGAGUUUUCCUGGCAUACAGGAGAUCCCCUGGGGCAUCUCUUAGUACUACCAUGCCCCGUGAUUCAAGUCAAUGGAAAACUGCAACAACCCAAUCCAGGCAGGACUACCAAUGGCCAAGAAACUUCAGGAAUGAAGGUUUGGGUCACCCCACCAGGCAAAGAACCACGGCCAGCUGAAGUGCUUGCUGAGGGUAAAGGGAACAUGGAAUGGGUAGUGGAAAAAGGUCGUGAUAAAUAUGAACUACGGCCACAUGACCAGUUACAGAAACGAGGACUAUGA